AUGUUAUUAAAAUUUUUAAAAAUGCUGGCACUAGCAACACUAAUAAAUCUUCACCGCCGUUGCCAAGGAUCAUCAUUAUAUGGAUCGGAGGACCACGUAAAAGAAUUCGACGUUGAUAAUUUUAAUAAAAUUUAUUUUCAGAAAAGAGCGUUUUUUAUUGAAUUUUAUUCGAGUUGGUGUGGUGCGUGUAUUAAUUAUGCAAAAUUUUAUAAGGAAAUUGCAAGUGAUUUGCACACUUGGGCACCAAUUGUUCAAAUUUCGGCAAUAAAUUGUGCCGAAGAAAAAAAUGCAGAAAUUUGUCGUUCGCACGGCAUUGCUGCAUAUCCUACUAUGAAGUACUUCAAAUUUAUGUCACAAAAUAAAAAAGACGGUCAAGUGCACCAAGGUAAUAGGUACAAUUUAACGCUGUUGGCUAUGAAUAUUGCUGAGUAUGUUUACAAAGAUUGGAAAUCGCAACGGCCAUCCGGUUGGCCUGAUUUCGACAAAACUACCCAGUAUUUUUCUCUUUUAUUUAUUUUUUUAAGAUUAUUUAUAUUUAUUUUUUUUUUGAAUUUAUUAUUUGAUUUAUUUUCUAUGUAUUAUAUGCUAAAGGAGGAAAUCCCUCGAAGGCAAGUUAUAAGCGGUGAUGAUUUUAAAGCAUUGAAAGCUUGGAUUGAGCUACUUAAGAAGUAUGCGCCUGGAACAAUACCAAUUCGUAGAUUAUUUUACCGGUUAAACAAAUGGCUUAAACCGAAGAAUUCUAUUAUCGCGCAAGACUGGUUGCUAGAAAUAGAUUCAUUGCAGAUGGAUCUUGGUCAUCCAUUACCAAAUAACCGGACUUGGUUAGCAUGUCGUGGUUCGAAACCUCAUUAUCGUGGUUAUACAUGUGGAUUGUGGACAAUAAUUCAUGUAGUUACAGUUGACGCUUACAAACUUGAGAAAGGAAAUGAAAGUUUUAAUGCCGCUCGAGAUAUAAUCGAACCUUUUCACCAGUUUAUUUAUCGAUUCCUAAGUUGUGAAGAAUGUGGAAAAAAUUUUCAUUAUCAUAUCUCAAAAGUGGAUUUAAGUAACAUCGUACGGCCUGAACAAGGAAUUCUGUGGUUAUGGAUGGCUCAUAAUAAAAUUAAUAAACGUUUGUCAAUGGAAGAUAGUAACGACCCGGUUUUUUCGAAACGGCAAUUCCCUCCUCCAUCUUUGUGUCCAAUUUGUCAAACUGCUGAUGGCAAUUAUAAUGAGGAAAAAACUCUUAAAUUUUUAAUUGAUUACUAUUCCAAUAUAAAAACCGAUUUUAUUGAGGUUGUUUUCGAUAAAGGCCGACUUCAAAGAAUUUAUAAUAGGCGACCAAGUCCGAAAUUGGUUGUUGGAGUCGAUUUUGUGGAUUAUUUGGAAGAAAGCGAAGAUUUAUUAAAACGUCAAGAGACAUUAAAAGAUAUUAAAAAGAAAUUUAGAAAAUAUUUUUAUGAUCAAUUUUUUUCAGAAUCAUUUAUAAGCGAUUCGAAUAGAACGAAAUUCUGGAAAACUUUCUACUACAAUAACUAUAAAAUAUAA